UUAUCUUCUAGUUGAUCAAUUUAUAAUAAAUGCAAUGGCUUCAUGGGCUACCUAAUGGCAUUAAUGGCAAUGCAUUCAAACAUUGAUUAGUGUAAUAAUGGAUGAUUAAUUUUUAUUUAUGUAAAUGUCUACAAUGUGGAGAUUAUGUUUGGAUUUGUGAGUUAUUGAACCAAUGCAGGUACAUUAGAAGAUGAUUCGCAGAAAGAGAAAGUGGAAAACUUGAAAACGAUAAGAAUGAAGUCAUUUACAUUUGUAUGCUUUACCAUAACACUUUUUUUUUUGUUAAAUAGGAACUUUAUUAAUUCCCAAAAUAUAAAUCGUAAUGAUAUUGCCACAGAAGAUAUAAUAGAAUCACCACUGUGUUGUAACCUAACGGUGGAACAUAUAGAUUUAGAUUAUAGUUCAAAAAUUGUACAAAAUGAGUACAUUGUUAUGUUUAAUGGUUAUUAUAAAAAUCAAGCUCGUGUAAAUUACAUUAAUACUGCAUUAAAUGCAUCAGGUAUAAGAAAAUGGAAAAUAAUAGCUAGAGAAAAUCCUGCAAGUGAUUACCCUAGCGAUUUUGAUGUUGUCGUACUUGAAGAUACUAACAAGUUAGAAGGAUUGAAUGCUCUCAAUGAUCAUCCAGCUAUAAAAAGGGUGACCGCGCAACGUAUGGUUUCUAGAACCCUCAAAUUUAUUAGCCCGGAAUAUAUAAGGUUAGGGAGAACCAGCUUGAAUUCAAAGAAUCAGUUUUGGCAAGCAACAGGUCGCCAUACAAGUAGAAGAUUAUUACGUGCUAUUCCACGACAAAUUACUUCAGUUUUACAAGCCGAUUCAUUAUGGAAUAUGGGAAUAACUGGUAAAGGGAUUAAAGUUGCAAUUUUUGACACCGGCUUGUCGAAAACUCACCCACAUUUUCGAAAAAUAAAGGAAAGAACGAACUGGACAAAUGAAAGAACUUUUGAUGAUGGCCUAGGACAUGGUACUUUUGUGGCAGGCGUGAUCGCAUCUAGUAAAGAAUGUCUAGGUUUCGCACCAGACUCAGAGUUGCACAUAUUUAGAGUUUUCACUAAUAACCAAGUGUCGUAUACUUCAUGGUUUUUAGAUGCUUUCAAUUAUGCAAUUUUAAAGAAAAUAAACGUAUUAAAUUUAAGUAUAGGGGGACCAGAUUUUAAAGACCAUCCUUUUGUUGAUAAAGUGUGGGAAUUGACGGCAAAUCGUGUAAUAAUGGUAUCAGCUAUAGGUAAUGAUGGUCCCCUAUAUGGGACUCUAAACAAUCCCGCCGAUCAAAUGGACGUUAUUGGUGUGGGAGGAAUUAAUUUUGAAGAUCAAAUUGCAAAAUUUUCUUCCCGCGGAAUGACGACAUGGGAACUACCCCAAGGUUAUGGGCGAGUUAAACCAGACAUUGUAACUUAUGGAUCUGCCGUAAAAGGAUCUCACAUUAAAGGUGGUUGUCGGACGUUGUCCGGAACCAGCGUAGCGUCUCCCGUUGUCGCAGGUGCCGUUACGUUACUAGCUAGUGGAGUUUUACAUCGCGGAGAUGUGAUUAAUCCAGCUAGUAUGAAGCAGGCGUUAAUGGCAUCCGCCAGGAGAUUACCCGGAGUAAAUAUGUUUGAACAGGGCCAUGGAAAGCUUAAUUUAAUGAAGGCUUAUCAAAUUCUCAACGGUUAUAAACCUCAGGCAAGUUUAAGUCCAAACUACAUCGAUCUCAGCGAAUGCCCUUACAUGUGGCCUUAUUGCACUCAACCUAUUUAUUACGGAUCGAUGCCCGUUAUUGUAAACAUUACCAUUUUGAACGGUCUGGGGGUGUCCGGUAAAAUAGUGAAUAAACCGCAGUGGCACCCAUACACCCCACAACAAGGGCAGUUACUAGAUGUGGCCAUAUCUUAUUCGGAGCUUUUAUGGCCUUGGUCGGGCUGGAUGGCCGUACAUUUGUCUGUUGGAGUGGAAGGCGCCACGUAUGAAGGUUUAGCUCACGGUCAUAUUACAGUUACUAUAGAAUCACCACCUGGAUUUGGAGAAGCUGAACCCAGACAAAGUACUGUGAAUCUUCCUAUCAGAGCAAAAAUAAUACCCACACCUCCUCGACAUAAGAGAAUUCUUUGGGAUCAGUACCACAAUUUGAGGUACCCCCCGGGAUAUUUCCCAAGAGAUAACCUCAAAAUAAAAAACGAUCCUCUCGAUUGGAACGGAGACCACAUACAUACUAAUUUUAGAGAAAUGUAUCAGAAUCUACGAAAUACCGGUUACUAUGUGGAAGUUUUAGGAUCACCGUUAACCUGUUUUGACGCUUCCCAGUACGGUACACUCCUUAUCGUUGAUCCGGAAGAAGAGUAUUUUCCAGAAGAAAUAUUUAAACUAAAAAAAGACGUAGACGCAGGUCUGUCGAUUAUAAUAUUUGCCGAUUGGUAUAACGUGACUGUAAUGAAAAAGGUGAAGUUUUACGACGAAAACACCAGGCAGUGGUGGAUGCCCGACACAGGUGGCUCAAAUGUACCCGCUCUCAACGAUUUAUUGGCCUCGUGGAAUAUCCAGUUAGGAGAUAGGGUGUUCGAGGGCCAUUUUAAGCUAAACGAUCACGAAAUGUACUAUGCUUCCGGGACGAGUAUUAGGAAAUUCCCUAAGGACGGUAUCAUGAUAUCGCAGCAUCUAAUGGAUCAAGGAGUCCAGAUUUUAGCAGAAGUCGACGAUGAGAAAUAUAAAGUUCCGAUACUAGGUCUGUUGCAGACAAAGUCCACGGAUAAAAGUGGACGAAUAAUAGUCUACGGCGACUCGAAUUGCAUAGACGCGAGUCACCUAGAAUUGGCUUGUUACUGGAUGUUAGAUGCCAUGUUGGAGUACACGUCGACGUCCCACCUGCCUUCUGUGUUCAAAGACAACAGAAUGUUGAAUUCGGAAGAUGUGACCGAGACCGGCCAUCCCCUCAGGAUGGAAGGAAACCGUCUAUAUAGGUACUCUAAGGUGUUGGCGGGUAAUUUGGGAGAGUCCCAGCCGAGGGCUCUACCCCAGUGCCCUCAUCUGGUGUGGUCCCAUCCGAUUCCGUUGAACGUGUCGGCCCCCAGCAAUUUGUAUCAGUCACAGAAAUUGUUGUCGCUCAUAGAGGAGGUGAAUUUGCCGCUGCACAACCUCGAUAAUAGCAUUAAGGAUGCUUCGGGACAUGAUAAGAACGCCGAGUUUAUCGAGUGGAGUUGGCGGAAUAAGCCGGUAGAUUCGAUACAUAAGCACGACAAUUUCGACUUUAGUACAACUGUUUUAGUGUUAAUAGUGUUAAUUGUACUGUACUACUGUGUUAAAUCCUCCUAUAGACCUAAACCCAAAAAACGGAAGGUUUACAAAAGACUUCUCAACAUAGUGCAGUGUCGGAGGAUAUCCACAGUUUAGAGUUUCACGGAGAAUUAGUUGGUGUUCUAAAUUUAUAGAAUUUCCAACUAAUAACGUACCAUUGAAUUUCGAGGCUGGAAUUAGAAUUCAUUAGAUUCAUCAUACUAUCUUACUUGAUUUUUAUAAUAAAAAAUGAACUCGUUCCAACAUGUCGGCCGUAUUUGUGUUAUUUUAUGAAUAAUUUGAAACUGCAAUUCACUGCAUCACCUUGUAAUGUGAUAAAAAAAUGUUAAAAAAGUUAACUUGGACGAAAUAUUCCAACAUUUUCUGGCAAGAUGCUCUCGUUAAUUGGAGAAAUAAAACUUUUAUAUGAUCAGUGGCUACACAAUGACUGGAGUGUUGCUUUAUAUAUUUUCAUUUAAUUUCUGGAAGAAUAUAUUAUUUUUCUGUUCGAUAUGGACGGUUCCCCUAUUUCUGUGUCGCGAGAAACCAAUGUGCUACUCUGUUGGAAACAAAAUAUUGGACGCCUGCUCCCUUUCAACGGCAGAUUUUUUAGCGUUUUCUUUUAAUUACGGUUUUGCUCUAUAUUCACAAAUAUUAGAGGAAAGCAAAGGGAAUACCACCAACAAAACCAUCAUUUUAGUUAUUUUAUAGCCACUCUUCACAGACAAAUCUUUAAUUCGACUAUUUAGCCAAAAAUAAAACGGAAUAUUUUAAUUAAGAAAAAUUACUAAUUGGAUUUUUUCUUUUAACGUCCAAGUCUGGUAUUGCUGUUAUAAACGUUAAAGUUAUAUAUAAUUUUGACUUUUCAAAUAAUAUCUUAAUGUUAACAUUUAAAGGAAAUCUUUGAUUGUAUACAGGGCGUAACUUUGAGUGGGGGUCAUAUUUACACUGAAGCUACCUUUGACCUUUAGAAACACGUAUGAAUUGUUUAUUUUUUAAAAUUCCGUCUUGAACUAAUUAUAUAUAACUCAAGUAUUUAUUUGAUUAAAGAAAAAAAAAGUUAGAUUCGUAUUCAGGGUAACAUACUGUUACCCGUAAAAAACUGACCCCUCACCUAAAGUUACAACCUGUAUGUAUAAAGCAUUUGGCCCUACCCUGACUACUGUAAAUUUUACACCCAAGUGUAAAAAUUAUACUUACAGCUCUGUAUUUAUUUAUAUUAUAUGUAUUUAUAUCUAAUUGUCCCCCUGUUAUGCUACAUAAUAUAUUGUUAAUUCAUUUUGGAAAAUAUAGUUGAAUACAAGUUACUUACAGCAAG